GACGCAGAGGAGGACGCAGGGGAGCAGACAAGUGGGAGCAGAGAUGAAGGAGCAGAUAUGAGGGAGAAGACUGUGAUGUGGUGUGAUCAGCAGCAGUGGGCGGAGCAACAUUUUGGCAGCAGAAUUGGAGCUCGAGGGUCAGGAAUAGCACGUGCUUUGAGGCCUUCUCUCGUGGAUCGGCCGGUGAGGCGGCGAUUGCGAUUCCUUGCGGGGAGAGGCCAGCUGGUGACGAGCUCAUCGCUGUCUGUGAAGUACAGCCGAAGCAGCUCCGUUUGGAAUUCAAGACGGAAGAUGAAGACGUAUGCUAGAGUUGAAGCAAAUAGGAUAGGAUAG